GGUAGUGGAAAACAGAUUUUGAAGGAGCAACAGGAAUGAACUCUCUCUCAUGCUCUCUGCAUCUCACACUCUGACAAGUGGACCAUCUGUUAUUCACUUUGAAGCUUUGGACAUUUUCCUGCCUCAUCUCCUUUAAGUUUUUAUUUUUUAAAUUUUUUUUAUCUCUCCCCUAUCUCUUUAAAUUAAUUUUUCAAGAUGAGUUGGACGGCGAACAGUUGUUUAGUCACCCUGGCCAUCCUGUUUCUGUGGCGAGUGGAAGAAAUAGCAGAAGCCUGCAGCUGCGCCCCUGUGCAUCCUCAGCAGGCCUACUGCUCCUCAGAUGUUGUUAUCAGGGCGAAGGUAGUUGGAGAGGAGAAGGUUGACGUUGGCAACGACAUCUACGGAAACCCCAUCAAGAGUCUCAAGUACGAGAUCAAACAGAUCAAGAUGUUCAAAGGUCCCACCCAGGAUAUUGAUGCCAUCUACACUGCUCCCAUCUCCUCACUGUGUGGAGCGACUCUGGAGAGUAACGGCAAGGAGUAUCUUAUCGCAGGCAAGAUAGAGGCCGAUGGGAAGAUGCAUAUCACACUGUGUGACUUCAUCGAGCCCUGGGAGGCCAUGAGCGCCACCCAGAAGAAGAGCCUGACUCAGCGCUAUGAAAUGGGCUGUGGUUGCAAGAUCACCCCCUGCAUCUCCAUCCCCUGCAUGAUCAGCAGCCCGGCGGAGUGCCUGUGGACGGACUUGGUGAUUGAGAAGAAGGUCAGCGGAGCGCAGGCCAAACACUUUGCUUGUAUCAAGAGGAGUGAUGACUCUUGUGCCUGGUACAGAGGGGCGGCGCUGCCAAAACAGGAUUUCCUGGACAUCCAAGACCCUUAACUCCACCACUGUCCAAUAGUCUGAGGAUGUCUAAGAUAUACAUAGAUACCAAAAACACAGUCAAAUUCUUUUUUGUUUUCUUGUUAAAAAAGCGAUAGGGUGUGUGUUCUGUGGUGAGGUUGUUUUUAUUUACAGGAUUCAUUAUGUUUUUUAUGAAUUCAGCACUUUCAGACCGCUAAAUCCAAAGCACUUCCUCAUAAACCACUUCUCCCUCAGCUGAAAUAAAGGGAUCAUCAUCACAAUUCAGUAUUUUUUUUUGUUCUUGAGCUAUUAAUUUACCUUUUAAAACAAAGGUAUUGUUUUAAAGGGGACCUAUUAUGCGUUUGUGCUUUUUCCUUUAGUGUGUUUAAUUGUUCAUGUAAAAGCUCUGCAAAGUUACAAAGCCCAAAAUCCAGGCCAAAGGGAGUUACUCUCCCCCACAGAAACUCUGCUCCUGAAACUGCCUGAAACACCUUGCUUUCAGUCUUUUCUUACGUAACGUGGUGAUGUCACUAAGUAACACAUUUGCAUAAUACCUGCCUAGAUUGGCACGCCCUCAUGCGAAGCUAGUUAGAGCGGAGUCUGAAGAGUUUGGUUCAGUUGACCAAUCACAACAGAGUGGGCCAGCUGACCAAUCAGAGCAGACUGGGCUUUUCGGGAGGGGGAGGGGUUUAAACAGAGCGUUUCAGACAGAGGGUGAAAAGAGGUGCUUCAGCACAGCCUGUAUGAGUAAAGUAAAGCGUUUUUUGAACAUUAAAGCAUGUAAACAUGUUCUAGUAGAAACCCCAAAUAAAAGUAUGCGCCUGAAAAUGAGCAAAAUAGGUCCUCUUUAAAGUGAACUAUAAUAUUAUAAUGAAACACAUACACACCUAUAACUCAAAGUGCAACAAUUCUGUGAAUCUGUGUGUUCAAGAAUAACAUUAACUGGCGCCCUGAUUUGUGACAGCAGAGCUACCACAAGGAAUGAGUGCCACCUCUUGCCCGUCCUUCUUCAGAUUCUUUCUUGUACCGAGUAUGCAGAAACUCUUCCCCUCUUUUUGUUUUUAAAAAGGUGUGGCAAACCUGUUUCGAGUAGUGCUUUUGCUUAUUGUUUUCUUUAAAUAAUCCUGAAUAGACAAGAAUGCACUUUGAACACAUUUGUCACAGCAGUCAUAUCGUCUUUAAUGAAAAAUGUCUGAAAAAGAGGAUUGAAUCCUCCAUUUUUGUAUGUUUUUAUAUUACAGCUCUUCUCUAUGUAAUGCUUUAGUGUAAGAGCAUAUUUUAUUUAAUAUAUAAUUCAUCAUAUUCUGUUGAAAAACAAAAGCCAGCAUUUUGAUUUUUUGUGACAAGUGACGCCAUUGGUAUUGUAUAAAGAGAAGACCAAAUAUUUUAACAGCAUUAGCGACAUACAUGUGCGUUAAAGGUCAAAUUGUAGGCCUAAAUGAUAAACUGUCUCGUGCUUUAGGACAGUGGGUUAAGAAACACAUUGUAACCAAUCAUCCAUUUACUUUGAUAUGACCAUAAAAGUGUUGAGCAAUGUGAUUUUAAUAAUAAUAAUAUGAGUGUGAAAAGAUUCUUCAUUUGAACCUCUAGUCCAGUGUGAUGUCUUGUGCUGGUUUCACAUGAAAUGUUUGAGAUGAUUUGUGCAUGCAUGUCCAGCUGAAACAAUACUGUACAUUUUGACUAUUAUAUUAUUAAAUGCCAAACCCUA